CAUGCAGACACUCAGUUCAAAACAGAUCGCCGGUGCGAUCGCAAUGUAAAGAUCGAUCCAAUCGCAUCACUAUCCGAGUCACCCAAGUACAAGUAGAUUUUAGAGAACAGUUUACAAAAGGCCCAUCGAUGCGUGGAUUCUAUGUAGACCAUAGACGACUCUGAAGCCACGCACGUGAGAAGAUACCAAGCUAGUGCUGUAAGUGUGAAGGGGCUCUCCAUCGAACGUUCACUUGUUCCAUCGUACGCAUCGGCAUUGCAAAAGUACGAUAAAAUAGCAAGCGAACGAGCGAAAGAGAGAGAAACCGCUUCCUUUUGAUAAGGAAGCAUCGAUCAAGUUACUUUGUGGUGCCGUUUUUCGGUGGCGUUGGCACGUGAAGCUGCUGGUGUGGUAACAAAGGUAGCGCAAUAGGGUGAUAGUGUGUUGCGGCAGUGAGAAAAAAAAGAUGGUGGCCGUUGGACAUUGAGCUACCACUACUACCACGAGUGUGAUUGAGUGACUGACUACGAGCCGUGUCUACGGACCUGGACAGACACAGCUGCUUGGUAAGGAGUGCAUUAAUGGAAAAGGAUUUUGUGAGUGCGGUAGACGACGCUUGAGCAAACCCCAGUGUAACCAGCCAAAUUUUGAAGACUUUGACCACGUUUUGAUGGACAUCCGAUGCGAGUAGCGCAACGACGCAGACCACAGACAGACAUCACUCACGCAGCGUGAAUAUUGUGGCACAAAGUGACAUUACGCUAUUGUACCGUCCAUCCGACCUUAGCUUUUUGAUUUUGAAAAGCAUCAUCCCGCUACCCAAAACUUCCUCCACCACUCGGUACUGGCUGGUUCCAGUUGCCCUUUGCCUGAUAUAAUUGUACUGCAAGCUCAAGCUAACAGAAUCUCGCAGGAACCGGAACCGGUUUGGUGUGCAAAAUGAUGGCAUCCUGUUCGUCCUUUAAUAAGCACAUCUUUCUGAAUGGGGGACCGCCGAGCGAGACGACGAGCGAGAUUUCGUCGGUGGAAAGCGAUUGGGGCGAUCUGCGACUGAUAGCGGCGCAGCUGGGCGUUGCCAAUCCGGACGAUCUGCACGUCGAGCGGUUCAAGGUGGACCGGCAGAAGCUGGAGGAUAUGAUAAAGGUGGAAACAUAUUCAGAGGGAAUGAAUAGUGCAGAGGAGUUCUUCACGAAUAUAAUGAAGGAAACCACCACCUAUGUCAGCUGGCCGUGCCGGUUGAAGAUUGGCGCGAAGACGAAAAAGGAUCCUCACAUUCGGAUCGUUGGCAAGAUGCCGGACGUUCUGCGGGCGAAGGAUAAAGUGAUGUCCCGGCUUGACUCCAGGGGUAGCCGCGUGAUCAUGAAGAUGGACGUGUCGUACACGGACCAUUCCUUCAUUAUUGGGCGCGGCGGCAACAACAUCAAGCGGAUCAUGGAAGAAACGACAACCCACAUCCACUUCCCGGACUCGAACCGUUCGAAUCCGACCGAGAAGAGCAAUCAGGUGUCGAUGUGCGGCAGCAUCGAGGGUGUCGAACGGGCGAGAUCGUUGGUUCGGAACUCGACCCCGCUGCUGAUUUCCUUCGAGCUGCCAAUUCUGGCGCCGGGCAAAACGCCGCCGGACAAUGAUACGCCGUACGUGAAGGAGGUUGAGGCCGAGUUUAGUGUGCAGGUGAUCUUCUCCACCCGGCCGAAGCUGCAUUCGUCGCUGGUGCUGGUGAAGGGUUCGGAAAAGGAAGAGCGGAUGGUGAAGGAAGCUACGCGACGGCUGAUGGAUCUGAUGUGCGAGAAUAUGGCGAGCCAAAUACCGGUGCAGAUGCAGCUCGAAAUCUCGACCCAGCAUCACCCGAUCGUGCUCGGCCGGGCAUCGAGCAAUUUGCGGGAAAUUAUGAACCGAACCGGUACACAGAUAAUGUUCCCGGAUGCAAACGAUGUGAACAUCAAGCCAAUCAAGCGCUCCCAGGUGACCAUAACCGGUUCCAUCAACGGCGUCUACCUCGCCAGGCAGCAAUUAAUUGGAAGUCUACCGAUCGCGCUCAUCUUCGACUAUCCGGAAAACACGGUCGAUUCGGACGAAAUUACCAAGCUCAUGCUAACGCACGACGUGUUCAUCUCUGUGCGCCAGAAAUCGCGCCAAAGUACGCUCUGCAUCGUGAUCAAGGGUAUCGAGAAGUUCAUCGCCAACAUUUACGAGGCACGUCAUCAGCUGCUCAAGUGUUCCGGGCCGCGUGUUGCCGCUGAAGUACCGCGCACGUACUUUGGACCGAACGAACACCCGCAACAAACGACUCAGAACAUAUCGGCACUGUUGGCAGGACCGAUUGCACCACCGAUUUCCCCACUGUCACCGAUAAAUGCACUCUCGUUCGUCGGAUGGCCUUCCCCGACGUCGGCCGCAUCGGCGGCUGCGGCUGGCUUACCCACCGCGGACUACGCAUUCGGUCACAUGCGAGGACAGUUCCAGAAUUUCCAUCUACACGGUUCACCCAAGCUACCGUCACCGCAUCAUCAACAACUGCUGCCACUGUCACUUCCGCCCGGGCUGGAUCGUACAAUCGCCGGCGGCUCCUCGGCUGGUAAGCUGUCCCACCUAUCUAGCCCACAUCUGUUGUCGGUUCCACCGGGUGGAGGUGCUGGUGGUGGAUCUUUCCUGCAAAACCAACAACAUCCGCACCAUCAUCACCAUCAUCAGCAUUCGGGCCAUUCGCACCAUCAGCGCAACCAGCAGCAGCCGGUACUUUCGAACGGGAACUGUUCGACUUCGACCAGUCUUACGGUCAGUCAGAACAGCAGCCACAAUGACAUCCACUCGAGUGGGUACCAGAGUCUGAACUGUUCCAGCAACUCGCUGGAUCAACAGUACCAGAGCAACUCGUCGACGGGAGGAUCGGUCGUGUCGCAGGUGUCCUCGAAUUCGCUCCUGAACAGCUCGCCAGAUCAUCAGAGCCCGGGCGUAUCGGGAACGAGUGGAUUGAACCGUUGCCGGCUAUCCGUUUGCACUCCCGAGAGCCCACACUAUCAGUCGGAUAUGGAGCAACGAACGCCGCUAGCGUUUGAGCAGAAGAGCUCCCUAAACGACAAGUUCCUGUUCAACCUUGACCCGCGAGUUGUGGCCGGUUACAAGGCGAUGCACAUGUCACCGCAACAGGGCGAAGUUCGCACACCGACACUGUCCUGGCAGGGGCUAGGAUUAAGUCAGUCGUCCCCAGCCCCACUCGAGGCGUGCGAUCUGAGCUGGGCCAACACGAGCAGCUCGAGCGGCAGCGGUGGCAACGGGGCAGCCAACACCAGCACCAGCAGCUCGAGCAGUGGGGCGACCGAAUCGCGCCACAAUCUGACGACCACCAUGAUCGAGGUGACGCCACGGCAUCAGCGCGAACAGAUGGCCCAGUACAACGACGUCACGACCAUACUGACCGGUCUCGGGCUGGAGCAUUACAUCAAGAACUUUAUCAACGGUGAAAUCGAUAUGACCGUCUUCCAGACGCUUACCGAUCAGGAUCUGCUUAAUUUGGACAUUAAACCGCUCGGUGCACGGCGCCGCAUACUGAUGGCGAUACACGAUUUGAGCGCACGGCCGGGCAGUGGACUGUUUGGCUCGUCGGCAUUGUCACCGUCCGGGCUGCCACUGUCACGAUUCUCCGGAUCGGCAGCACCCGGUGCCGAGAGGCGUAGCUCCAGUGGACAGUAGAGCGGUGCGGAGAGUGUUGUGGAACGGGGCGAAGUUUGCUGGCUGCGAGCACUUGGAGCAGAACAAAAAAUUAAACGCUCGUUUAAUUAAUAGUUUUCUUCCAAAAAAAAAAGUCCAACAAACCACGGCAAACCAAGAUGUUCGAUUGGUGCAAGAUUUGUCACCCGGAAUGUCUUACAAUUCUGCUUGCUGAAGGAGUUUAAAAUCCGUACAUCUCACGUUGCAAUGUCCAACUGUGUCACAGCUGUGGUUCGCUUCAGUGGAAGUGAAAAUUUACGCUCUGAAACCACCCCAGAGAAAAAAGAAAGCCCUGCAUCGUCUCAAAGCGUAAAGAUAAAAGGCUUCGAAAACGGAGCAGAAAACCGGAAGCCACCCGCUUUCGAUUCGAUUCUCGGUGCCGGGUGCUUGAUUUGAAACGGGAAGCCACCGCCAACUGUUGACCAAAUGAGACAGUCACAAAAGUACAAAGAGCGGCACGAAUUCAAACUGACACGGGCGGAUGUUGCGGACCGAAUGUUGCCGCGUAGAGCAAAAGCGACGACCCGACAGCAGGAAGACGGUACAAUAAUUGCAAUUAAAUGCAACUGCAUCCGCUCCGUUAAUCCUGUUUGUGGAACACACCGGCCAGGAUCAACGCUCAGCUCAGCCCGGUCACUGGCGUGGGAAGGAAACGGACCACGAACAACAACAAAAAACACACACAUAAAGUCACACUGCUAGUCAACCACCCAACAACCCCCGCAGGAGUCACUCGCCAGUCUCGCAAGACAAGACAAAUCCCCGGAGUCGCUUUUAUACUUCAAAUUCUGUUUUAAUUCCAUCUCCGGUGCUUAAGCAACACGAGCAACACGAGCUUUUAAGUGCAAUGAGACGUGUGUCUCCGAGCCUCCGUUUUCCAACCACGCCGAAGCGUCCAACGUUACUUCCUUCCCUGUGGAAGCACCAAGCGCCAUCUAGCGGCAAACGUUUGAAGCUGCGCAUUCGUAUCGGAGUAGUAGGAAGCCGAUAGCAGCAGCAGCAGCAGCUAGAAUCGUGGAAAAAUUUAACAACUGCGCACCCUUCCACAACCUUCCCUCUGCCCCCUUCGAGCUCAUCCACACCCUCUCGUUAUGAUCCUUACAGCUCGCCGUGCAUCUACAGCUUCUAAUUGCAUGCCUUUCAUAUAAUUGCAUUGAUUUUAAUUUUGAAUAGAUACAAAACCGCACCACUACACACAGUUCAGUUCACACAGUUGCACUGCUUUCGUUCCGUUCCUCGGGUGGCAUGUGACGCGAAAGCAGCAAAGUAGCGAAACGCCCAAACGUAGAGCCAAACACGCCGAGAAGCGUUGAAAAUAAUUUAUUUAAUUCUCUUUCAUGAUGUUUGGUAGGAGCAAUUCUUUCGAUUCACUAGCUGAAGCAUCACGAGCAAAAGAAACAGGCGACGAGGCUUUGCUUGUGGCGUGGCGUUUAGAUAAUGAAUGAAUUUCCGCAAACCCCGUGGUUGGGGACGGUUCAUCAGCAGACAGUUCUUUAGAAUUUUGCGUUCCGUAGCUCACCGGAUUUGCCUACCGGGUGACAAAUUUAGUUGACACGUUGCUUGAGGUGCAAAACCCGGGUCGCCACCGAGAGGCGAAGAAGGAUUUCCCACCACGAACUCUGUGUGUGCGUGUGUGCGGUUCGGUACUGUAUGUGUUUUGUUGUGUUCAUUAUCACUUUAUUUUCCUUUCUUCCAUUUUAUCCAUUAGAACUAUAAUUUUUGCACUGCAUUCCUUUCAAGAUUUUUUCCCCCCUGCUUUUGCACCUUUCCGAGAGAUAUUUUGUCAAGUGCAUGCGUUUAAGUUUUUCUUCUACGUUUCUUUUUUCCUUCCGCGAGGAAAACGUUAAACAAACCUAGCUCGUUGUUUGCACGAUCCCCACUCACCCUUCCCGAAUAGCCUAGAAUGUAUGGAAAUUGUUGAAGCAAUUGUUCUGAAAUUAUUGUUAACAGAAGAAGAUAAAAAAGAGUUACUGCAUGCUUUACAAGAAA